AUGCCUUCAAGUCCGUUAUUAGACACUCUUCCUUCCAAAGCGAAGGAAAUGGAUGGUUAUUAUGAAGAGUAUGUUGAUCCAGAUGAAGAGUUGAAUGCUGCAACCAUUAAGGAAAAACAAGAAGCAAUUAAGAGAAUGCUUCUCCUAUCUAAAAUGGCUCAAAAGUACAACAUUGAUGACGAUCAAUUGUUUGAUGAUGAUGAAGAUGAAAUUGACACCACAGCCACCCAGGCUGGAUCCGUUCAAGUCUAUUCUUCCCAUAAUGCUCAGCCUCGGCAUCCUAAACUGAGCGAAAUGAAUUCUUCUUCCCUAGUCGGCUCGUAUUAUUCUGAACAAUCAUCGUCCUCACAAAAGAUGUUGCUUCAACAGAACAAUACUCUCAGCUCUCCCAACCUUACCGAUUCUGCUGUGCGGAAACGAGGUAUCAGUCGAAGACUUGCAAGCACAAUGGCCUCAAGAAACAAAUUGCUGGAUUCUGCUAGUUUUGAUACACUGAGCACCGGUAGCGACGACAUGUCUGACACACAAAGCCACAUGACGUCCGAUGGAGUUACAACAUCUGGAGCUAUGACAACGCAUCAAAAGGAUUUCAUUCAAUUGAAUACGCUCAUGGCUCAAUUCAUGAUGUGUGGCUUUCCAGUUAUUAUUUUUGAUAAUUUUGCAACUCUGGUGUACCUCAACAAGGAAGCAGAAGAUUUAUUUGGUGUCUAUUCGUUUUCAGUGCUUGGAGAGCAUGUGGCUGAUCUGUUCUUGGAGGAAUCUGUUUAUGAGAUUCAUAGCUUAAUAGAGGAAUACACUGGAAGAAACAUAAGCAGCUCUGGAUCAAUGUCCUCUUUACCCAAGAAUUUUUCGCCUGAAGAAUCAAAAAAGAGAAAGGAGUCCCUGAUGAAAAUCAGAACCCUGAAGGCAAAGUCAACCGUUCUGAAAACAUUUUUUUCUGUAAAGUGUCGGUUUACCUGCAUUAACAAAUUGGGAGCCGAAAACUUUGUAGCUUAUAUGGAGGUGGUGAAAGAAUCUGCGGAAGGAAAAAAGGAAAUGGCCAUGAGACAAGUCUAUGAAGCGAUUACAGAUCUUUCCGUUAUUCCUAUCGUUUCAAUCUCGCAAGUGGGCAUAAUUCAAACGUUCAAUGGUGCUUGUUCAUAUACCUUUGGUUAUCAGAAGAAGGAAGCCAUAGGUAAAAAUGUUAAAAUGUUAUGCAAUGACAAGGAUAGAGCAAAACACGACUAUUACUUAUCAAGAUAUCAGAAAACUGGUGAAAAACGCGUUGUAGACAAGACACAAGAACAAUUGACAAGAUUAGCAGACAAAAUUUUCCCCAAAAACGUGGCUCAACGUAUCAGUUUAGGGGAGAAAGUUAUAGACGUCUUUGAUCUAUGCAGUGUGCUAUUUUGUGACAUUGUUGGUUUCACCAAAAUGUCUAAUGGAAAACGGCCAGAAGAGGUAGUAAGCAUGCUUCACGAAAUAUUUGGCAGCUUUGAUGAUGUUUGCACCGCUUUCCAAUUGGAAAAAAUUAAAACCAUUGGUGACUGCUACUUUUUAGCAAGUGGAAUACCCAAAUACGACCCAGAACAUGCAGACAAAAUUGUUAAGGGAGGACUAGCCAUGAUUCGUGUCAUUCAACAUUUUUGCAAAAAGCACGAGCCCACAGAGCUACAUGUACGCAUUGGAAUUCAUAGCAGUGGCGAUAUCAUUGCAGGUGUUGUUGGAAGAACAAAACAGACUUACGAUUUAUUUGGAAAGGGAGUUGAGAUUGCUCAACUAAUAGAAGCAACAGGAAAAACCAAUCAAAUUCACAUCUCAGACACGUGUUACUCUGAACUGCAAUCAGACAAGCUUAAAAGUUUAUUCUCAGAAAAUUACAAGCAAAACACAGAAUUGAAUUUAGAAAAAAUAGGACAAGUUGUCAUUCCUGAGAAAACUUGGAUCACUGAGCUACAAUGA